AUGAGUUCCAACUAUGAAUUAGAGGAGUUUAAUGGUCUUGGACCAGCGCUGGCACCGCGCAUUCCAAAUGCUGAGAAUCGUGAAUUAGAAUCUAAGGUCGAAUUAAAACAACGUCGUGUUCAAUCAAUACAAGGUGAUCUCGAUGAAAAUGUCACGAAAAUUCAUAUGUUGGAAGAUCAUCUGAAAAAUGUGCAGGAUGAAUUAGGAACAACACUCAGAUUGUUCAACGCACGUAAACAUGAAGUUCAAACAGAAGAGCAUAUGAAAAUGUUAAAUGAACGCGAAAUGGGUCGAAUCAAACAAGAUAUUCUACGAGUGGAGAAUGAAAUCUCCACGAUUAGAGAUCGAAAAAGUGGCUUAGCGGAUGAAGUAUUUCGUGUCACUCAAUUACUCGAUGAAAUGAAAUCACAAAUCAAAUGGGAUCAACAGGCAUUGGAAGCAUGGCUUGAAGAAUCCGCACAGAAAGACGAAGAUGUUAUGGCAUUGGUGAAAUACACCAGACAAGAUGAAGCCAAAGUCAAAGAACUGAUGCUGAAAAUCGAACGCAUGACGGAAGAAUCGAACAAGAAGAAACGAGCGGUUGAAAGUGAAAUCAUGGACACUACUAGUCUUCAGGUUGAGCUCGAUAAAACUGCUAGUAACUUUCGACGUUCACAUCAACACCGACAGGAAUUACUCAAACGAUGGGAAGAUAUCAUUGAGCAAAUGCAUCAACGUGAUCGUGACAUCGAUCUCUUAGCUGCUCAAUUGGUUAAAAUCAAAGCAGAUGCUCGUUCGGUCGAAGAACAAAUCUCGGAAAAACGAGAAUUUUAUAACAAUGAACAAAGAAACAAUGCCGAACGUCAACUACAGAUGUCCACUGCCGAACGACAAGCAGCAAAACUACGCUCUCAAUAUGAUGAUGCAGAGCGAAACCGUCUUUUAUAUGAGAAUGAAUUAUCUGGUUUAAAACGUGUGGUUAAACGUACAGAGAAAGACCGUGAAGCAGCCAAUUCAAUGUUAGCUCAAAUGAAACGAGAUUUGACUGAACGUCGGCAAUACUUCGAAGACGUUAAAGUUCGUCGACGUGAACUGAUCGAUAAAAAACGUGAAAUCUUGGAUACAAAAUACACCGCCGAAGAAAAAGCGAAUAAAAUGGAUAAAUUAUUCUUGGAAGAACAAGAACGUGAGAUGGCAUUGAAUAGCGAAUUAAAGAUGCUAUCAGAACGGAUGUUCAAAAUCACUCAAGAAGUAUUUGAUUUCAAAGCGAAGGAGAAGAAUUUCGAAGCGGAAAUUAAUGGAGCGAUUGUGACAUUAACAAAUUUAGAUCUGAAAAUACGUCGAUUAGAUCAUGAAGCUCUGAAACAACAGGAAGUUCUUUACCAUCAGGACUUUGAAAUUCAAUCUGUUGAACGUCGUAUCAAUCGCAUGCAAGGAGAAAAGAGCACUGAAGAGCAAGCGAUGCUUGAAAAGAAAAUCAGCGAAUUGGAAGUUGAAUUACAACGUAAACGCGAUGAUUAUUUGAUGUUGAACGAGCAACGAAAGAGAAUUGAAGAAGAAACACGACGAUUAACUAAACACAUAUCAGAAAUUGAUCGUGAUAAAAAGAAUGAAACGAAGAAGAUCGAAGAAAUUGAACUACACGCUGACAAUGCUCAGCGAUUGAUUAAAAAGUUAACCGAAGAAAAAGAAAACUUGUUGGUUGAUGAGCAUUUAAUGCGUAUCGAAAUCAGACGUCUUCGCGGAUUACUUAAUACGAAAGCGGAUAAUGUCAUGAAUCUAGAAACACGACAAUAUCAACUGCAAACUGCGAUUAAAGAACGUCGAAGUGAAAUAGGCAUACACCAGUCAACCCUCCGUCAGCAGCUACGUGAUGAAGAAGGACGCAAGGCUGAAGUGUCAGCCCAAUUGCAUGAACGGAUUGCAAAAAUUGAAAAAUUGAAGAAACGAUAUGAAAUUGUUAACAUCUCCAUGGCACCACCAGAAGGUGCGAAGGAAGAAGAGACGUCACAGACUUAUUAUGUUAUCAAAGCUGCACAAGAGAAAGAAGAACUUCAGCGUGCUGGUGAUGAACUUGAUGCAAAAAAUCGCAAAGCCGAACAAGAAUUAUUAGCGCUGCAAAACACUUUACGUGUGAUCAAUAGUGGAAAUAGUCAAACGAAGCAAUCAUUCAGAAAAUUGAAUGAAUCAAGUGACGAAAUGACACGUAUGGAAGAAUUAGAAGAACAAUCCAGACAUUUGACAGAUCGAGUUCGAGCGAAACGAAGACAAGUGGAAAGUAUUGUCAAUGAUUUAAAACAUACGGAACGUGCACUUCGAGAUUUAAGCACAGUACAGAGUACAAAUUCAGAUACGUACAAUGAAAAGCAAUUGCAAGUACGGAAAUUAGAAGCUGAUCUGAAAGACACGGAAGAGAAAUUAGCUCGUGCUGAUAAAAGUAUUGCUUCAAAUAAACGUGCAGUUCGUAGUACUCGCCAGCAGGCUGAGCCAUCGAUAGAAGAAAAUGACUUCGAAUAUCGUCUGUUGAGAGAAUUCAAUAAAAAACUUGAUACUUUCAUCGAUCAGACCGUUUCAACGGAUCCAGAUGCAAAGCAUUGUUAUAACAUGCUGAAAGAACAAUCACAUUUGGAUAAUCUAUCAAGCGUAGCAAGUACUCCAUCAAGUGUACGAUCCAGUUCAACACGUAGUUCUAUCUCUCAACAAUCCCGUUCAUCAGUCACACGUCAGCCGAUUCCCGUUAGUUCAGUGCAGCUCGGUUUAGAUGGAUCAAGACCACCGAGUGGAAAUGGACCACGACAAAGAGCAUCAUCACGUGGUUCGUCAACAGCCAGUUCAUCAUCGCGAUCAUCCGCUAAACGAGUAGUUCAUUAA